UAAAGUAAAGAUCGUUCAUAUUAAAACAUCUCGAUUAAGUAAUUUUUGAUCGUUUUAAAAUGGUACAAAUGAUUAAGUCUUUCGAAAAGAAACCAGAAAAUUUUGAAAGUGCAAUUUCAAAAGCUGGAUAUGGAAAAUUUAAUAUUUAUCUCUUAUUAAUUUGUGGGGGAUGUUUAAUGACUGUAAUUAUGGAGACGAUGGGGAUGAUGUUUGUGAUUCCAUCCGCGGAAUGCGAUCUCCAAUUAGAUCUUUUUCUAAAAAGUGUUUUAGCUUCGAUUAGUUUUUUGGGGGUUGUUUUAAGCUCCCAUUUAUGGGGAUUUCUCGCCGACACUAAAGGAAGAAGAAAAGUGUUAUUAUUAAGCAUGAUAGUUGGAUUUUUAUCGAGUUUAGCUUCGAGUAUUGCCCCAAAUGCCGAAUUAUUUAUUAUUCUCCGAUUUAUUAAUGGAUUUUUUAUUGGUGGAGCUUCCGCUGUAAUUUAUGCUUACAUAGGUGAAUUUCACAACCAAAGAUUUCGCCCAAAAGUCGUGGCUUGGAUCGCAACUUUCGUAGCUUUAGGAAACAUCGUUUUGCCGUUUUUAUCGUGGUUAAUAAUCCCUUUAGAUGUAGAUUUAAAAAUUCUUGGGGUAGAAGUGAAGCCUUGGAGGUUAUUGGUGGCUUCUUUUGGGGCUCCGAGUUUAAUUUGGGCGAUUGGGCUUUAUUGUUUCCCGGAAAGUCCGAAGUACUUGAUGGCGCAAGGAAAUAGCGACGAAGCUUUCGAAGCGAUUAAAACAAUUUAUUCUGUUAAUACGGGAAAAAGCAAGGAAAAUUUCCCCGUUUCUGAUCUAAUUUUAGACGAAAUCCCGAUGGAAAAAGAUAAAAAAAAUGGAAUAUUUAAAACGAUUUGGUCCCAAACUGCCCCGUUAUUUAAAAAACCUUAUUUAACCAAAACCCUCAUGGUGUGUUUCUUACAAUUUGGAACAUUCGCUAGUUCUUCCGGCUUAUUUAUGUGGUACCCAGAAAUUUUAAACCGAAUUGAACAAUACCCAUUUCAAGAUAUCACUUGUACAGCACUUUCUUAUGGAAACAUCGAAGAAGAUGAUUCGAUUUGUUUUGAUUCAAUGAACGAAUCGGUUUAUAUCCCAUCGAUUAUAAUAGGGGGAGCUUUGGCAGUACUUUACAUAAUCUCCGGGACGAUUAUUAAUCGAUUAGGGGCCAAAAAUUUGUUAAUCAUCAUCUUGGGAGUCUCCGCAGGAUGCGGAAUCGCUUCUCAAUACAUCAAAAUUGACUCCUGGUCGAAAAUUUUAAUGGGAAUCUUUCUUUUAAGCAGCGCAGGAGUUGGAAUUAUUAACACGAUAACCGUUGAAUUAUAUCCAACGCAAUUACGAGGCAUGGCUUUGGCCAUUUCUUUGAUGGCAGGAAGAUUUGGGGCUGUUGCUGGGUCAAAUGUAACCGGACAAUUAGUUUAUAAAGUUUGCGAAUAUACGUUUUAUGUUUUUGCAGCUGAUCAUAUCGUUUUAAUUAUUGUAACAUUUUUAUUACCGGCAGCAUCUAAAUUACGUCCCAUGAUUGAACCUAUAACGUGAAUAAUAAAAUUGUAUUGUUAUAAAUUAAAUUUGUUAAU